GUCAUUUGUUGCAGGCUCCACAUCUCAUCAGUUUGACUCUGCAUCACACAUUCAUGGAAAGAGCAGAAUCAAGGAUUGACAGAAAGAAGUGCUCUGAAGGUUUGUUGAGAGACUGGUGAAUGAUGAUCAAUGCAAGCAUGAUAGGUUCAUUCACCUUGUUGGGAUUGAAGGACACUACAGCAAAGUACCGCCUGAUGCUUUUUGCUCUGACCCUGCUGUGUUACACUGUGAUAAUACUUGUGAAUGUGGCUCUUAUUGCUACUAUCAUAUUAGAGGAAAAACUUCAUAAACCCAUGUACAUCUUCCUGUGUAACCUGUGUUUUAACAGUCUUUAUGGGACGGCUGCUUUUCACCCUAAAUUUCUCUUUGAUCUGUUAUCCGGCACUCAAGUCAUUUCUUACGCUGGUUGCCUGCUGCAGGUCUAUUUCAUCUACUCCUAUGCAACUACGGACUUCUCCAUUCUCGCUGUGAUGUCGUAUGAUCGAUAUUUGGCCAUUUGCCGCCCUCUGGAGUAUCAUUCCAUCAUGACCAAGCAAAGAGUUAUUUUACUGGUGUGUUUCUCCAGACUGGUGCCAAUGAUCUGUCAAGCUGUUGUGAUGAUUAUGACCGCCAAACUGACUUUAUGUGGUUUCCAGAUAGAAAAACUGUACUGUGAUAAUUGGUCCAUCCUUAAGCUUUCAUGUUAUUCAAUAAUAUUAAAUAAUAUUGUUGGAUAUAUUGUCAUACUACUGUAUACUGGCCAUGGACUGUUUGUUUUGUGUUCCUACAUACAGUUGGUGAAGUUUUCUUUAAAGUAUCCACAACGUAGGAGGAAGUUUUUGCAGACAUGUGCACCUCAUUUAAUUUGUCUGAUCAACGUCUUAGUCACUCUUCUUUUCGAUGUCAUGUAUGCUCGGUACGGAUCCGAAUCAAUGCCGCAGAGUUUAAAGAACUUCAUGGCAAUUCAGUUCCUGAUAAUUCCCCCAAUGCUUAACCCGAUUCUUUAUGGUCUGAAUUUAACUCAAGUUCGCAACAGUUGCUUAAGAAUAUGUAAGUGCAAAAAGCAGAUGGAGGGAUCAGGAUAAUGGCCUCCCCUUUGAGAGAAAAUGUGUGAAAAUAUUUGUCUGAGAUCCCAAAAGUGCGAAGGUGAUGCAAUUUCUUCAUGCCUUAAGUGUUUGCAGUAGCUCUUUUUUCAUUAAGUUGUUAAAUGGUGUUGUAGAGCCCUGCUUUUUCACGCCACAAAUUUGAGGUUUUUUUUCAAAAGAGGGUUUUCUGGUAUUUGUUCACACAAUAAGUCAAUAUUCCAACAUAUUAAACAGGAAAUGUCGGUGAAAUGUUACCCCUCUAAAUAACAACAGAAAUAAACUAGGAUAUUACUGAAUAGCUAUAAAAUCAUGAGGGAUGAGUAAAACAUUUUAAACUUUAGUGUUUUUACUUGCCGUUGUGUUAAAUAAUAAAACUGGUAUGAAAAAUAUCAAAUGAAAACAAAAAAGUGUAACUGGAAAAAAGGCUGGUGUGUUAAUACAAAUACCUAAAACACAGCAGAAAACUCUUUUAAGCAUUUAUAGUGACUAUUUUUCACUAUGGAUGUCAAACAGAAAACAUUUGUAUGUUUUGCUUCUUCAGAUUUAUAUUCUUAGUUAAGAAACAAAUUAAUUCCUUCAUUUCAAGCCCACGCGACACUCAUGACAACUUAUUUGCCGUGGAGCAUUUAACACUUUUAACAUCAGAAACGGCCCAGUCCUGUACUAUACCCUUGACUUCUGCAUGAAUGCCAUUGUAAUUUCUGCUCAAUGUUGCUGCUGAAGUUAUCAUGCUCAGAAAUGAGUGAGCAUCCAGGGAAAAGAUGUUACUCUAAAGUCUCUCCAUUGUUUUCUGUAUUAAUGCUACAUU